CCCUCCUGACCACAGGUCUCUCUGUUAUCCAGUGUCACGAUCUCUUCCUUUUUCACUCAUAGAUUCCCUCUCUUGUUUCCACUCUUCUGCUCCUGACUCUUUCUGUUUUUGUGAGGCUUUUUUUUUCCAACGCCAUCCAGCUUUGAUUUUCUUCUUCUUCUCUCCCGUGAUGUCGUCUCUUCUGAGGGAGGAGAUGCAGAGAGUUUUAUUUCGACCCACAAAGCAGAGAUUGGUGGAGUUUAUUGAGAUCGAAGAGCCGGGGCAUGGACGACAUUUUCUUUGUGUCUCAGUUGCAAAAAACAAGCUGGUGCAGUUGAGUAUAGUGCGAUGUCAGAUAUCACAGCCCAACAAGUCUGGAUCCAAGCGGUCCCACACUAAACGCUCCAGCAUUCAGGACUGCUACAGGACGACUGAGGUCUGGUCUCUGGAAGACCUGUCUCUUGUUGACGGGCGGGACCCUGAUGUGGAUGACCCCUGUUUCCUGCUGCACUUUGACAAGGUGCGGGCAGUGACAGCCGUCAGCUGCUCAGCCAAAUAUGCUUUCGUGCGUGCCCUGGUGGCUGUCUGUGACCAGCAAUGUCAGAGGUCACUGAACCUGCGGAACUUUGAUUGGACCUACAUCAAGCCCACCUCCUUCUACUCCAACAGAGGGGACUGUGUUGUUCUGACACAGAUAUGCUUCUACGCAUUCAAUUUGGUGUGUCUCUCCAUGUGUCCUGUGCCCCUGGAUGCAUAAUAGAAUUAAACAAUAACUGUGUACGUGUGUGAGUGUGUGUGUAGUAUGUGUGUAUCUAUGUUGGUGUAUGUAUGGUCAUUGUAUGGUUUUGGUAAAUGUUGGCUUACUGAUGCUUCUCCUACACAAAUAGGGCGUUUGUAUAUUAGUUGAUUACUAUGAUCUGUAUGAAUAUUCUGCUGAAUUUGUGGCCAGUGUAGGUUUCAAACAGUUUUGUAUUUGUCAAACUGUAUAAUAUACCUUUACUUAUCUGCAAAGGUAUUAUAUUCUGUGUGCUAAUGUAAAAUAUGAAUUUGAGUAGAAUGAUUACAGUUUCAAAUCCCCUACUUUUCUCCAUCUUUCGCUGUUUUACCAUGCUUCAGAAAUUGUUUAGUGUGCAAUCAGUUAGGAAUAAUAUUUUAGUUAUGGCCUUCGUCCUCGAUUACAGUUCCUCUCCAGUGAUACCUCAUGAAUUAAAUUAGAGUCAUGAGUCAUGUAGCAUUUUUUUUUCUUGGAAAUCUGGGGUUUGGCCACCUGAAGUAAAAGGUUUGCAUAUCUUGUGAGCUAAAUUCAGUACAUUGAAGGCAAAAUACAAGAAACAUUUUGUUAUUUGUAGCAAGUAAGUUUAAUUAAUCCAAUUAACAAUCUAAGUGGAAUAAAUGCAAUAUAGAAAAAUGGGUAUACAGUACAUGAUAUUAUAAUUAAAGAAAAAAAAACCUAUAAAGGAAGCUGCGUGAGUCUUAUCCAUUACUUGGUGAUGAUGUUUUUCUGUGACAUGGCCUUGUUUACAUGUGGUGAAAGAAGUAUUCACACCUUUUACUUAAAUUAAAGCACUGAUAUAACUGUAAAAAUGAAGGCCCAGUAUUAACAGUGCUGUUAAUGGAAAAUAUGUGUAACCAGCAAAAUGUUA